AAAGCACACUUCCUUGAGUUACAAUUAAAAGUAUCACUAGCACUUCGAAGAUGAAAUUCGCAUUGGUAUUGCUGGCCUUCGUGGCUGCGUCUGCCGCGGCCCCAUGGAAAAUCCCUAAUGUUGGCAGAGGUGAACUUGCAAAUGAGCUCCAGGAGUUCUUGAACCUCCUGCCUCAGCAAGAAAUAACCGAUAUCACUCUCCAGUACUAUGCCCAGGAUGCGGAAUUCCAAGCUAUGAUUCGAUACUUCAAGUCCACCGACUUCAAGCAGCUCAUACAAAACGUCCGAGCUAUACCUGAGUAUAAAGAUCUGUUGGAGUAUGUUUAUUACGCCGGUAUUGACGUUUACGAGCUACAGAAUGCGUUGAACAAAUGGCUUGAGAUGGCAGCCGUGCAGUCCGACUUUGCCAUCGAUAAACACAUCACUGGCGGAAUCCGCGGAUACGUCGACGACAUCAAAGCCGCGAUUCGUCCCGUUAAAAAUCAACUUACCGAACUCUACAAAUCCAAGAUGCAAAAUUCCAAAGUAUUCCAAGAUUUCAUCGCGCAAUUGAAAUCCCCGAAAUUCCAGCAACUGGUCAACAAGGUUCAUGAACACCCGAAAUUCCAGGAGCUGUUGAAACACGCUGAAAAAGCGGGAAUUGAUCUUAAGUUGGUCAGAGACUUUCUGAAGGCUAUCCUCGGCCUUGAUUUUCCUUCAUAUUCUGUCUUUCAAUAUCGUGCAAAAUAUGUAAUAUAUCUCCAGAUAUCAUUUAAGCAAAAUUUAUUUUUGCAGAUGAAACUUGCAUUGGUACUGCUGGCCUUCGUGGCUAUGUCCACCAUGGCCCAACGGAAUCCCUUCAGCCCACUCGCGCAGGAGCUCCAGGAUUUUGUGGACCUCCUGCCUGAGCAAGAAAUAUAUUCAAUUACUCUCAAGUACUAUACUCAAGACGCAGAAUUCCAAGCUAUGAUCCGAUAUUUCAAGUCCUACGGUUUCAAGCAAUUUGUGAAAUACAUCGAAGCUUUGCCUGAGAUGAAAUGUCUGAUAGAGUAUCUCUAUGACGCUGGUCUUGAAGUUUACAAGUUACAGGAUCUAUUGAAUAAUUGGCUUGGAAUUACGCAGACCAACUUUGUCAUCGAUAAAGAGAUCACUGGUGGAAUCCGCGGAUACAUUGACGACAUUUCAGCUGCCAUUCGUCCCGUUAAGGAUACACUUAUUGCACUCUACAAACACAAAAUGAAAAAUUCCAAAGUGUUCCAAGAUUUUGUCGCGCAAUUGAAGUCCCCGAAUUUUCAACAACUGGUCUACAAGGUUUAUGUACACCCCGAAUGUCAGAAGAUUUUGGAAAAAGCUAAAAACGUGGGAAUUGAUCUUGAGAACAUACUGAAGAAACUUUUCCCCAUCGAAGUUCCUCCAUAUCCUAUCUUCUAAUAUUAGAUGUCAUAAUAAAAAACAGUUAAUCUAUAUUCAGUAAAAAGAAUUCUAUUGCUAAAUACUCAUCAUUAACGUUUUCAUAAAUCUGAAAAAAAUAUUACGAAUUAUUUGACCACGCAAUUAUGUAUUUCACUUGUGCAAAAUAAUAAAUAAGAAGUUUAUCUUCUUA